AUGGAAUUCCAAAUACCCCUCCACUUUGAAGACCUCACCCGCUCUGCGGCCGGGUCAUGGCGAGUCCGUCCUACCCCUCAGCGUGAGUCUCCGUCGGAUGACCUUCUGCAGCUCGUGCAACAAGACCCAACCGCCAUUGUCUCCUCCUCGUCAGGACCUUCUCCGCAGUUCACCGCGGUUUUUACUUUAAUCACCAACUACUCGAGCCUAACCAAAUCCAACCGCGUCGCCCUCGCCGACAUUGUCGACAGUUUGCCUGAUCAAGUCAGUGCCUCCGAUGCCUCUCAUGUGAAAACAGCUGCCUUCCUUAUAGCGGGACUGGCAGUCACAGCCUCCGCCGUCACCCCGGUUUGCAAAUACUGGGAGAAAACAGGCCGCGAGGCCGUGCUUGAGGCUAUCUCCGGACUCCUGAGCUCAGACUCAAUACCAACUAAAUUUGGCCCCACAGACCUCGAUCAGCUGUGCAGUUUGGUAGUCCGCACGAUUCUUCAGGUUCUAGAACAGCCUUCUGCCGCUAAGGACAAGAAUGCCCGCACCGUACUCGCGAGAUCCCUCGCCACAGCUCUCACACUCGACCCGCGGCAAAGCUUGCCAGCGAUCACGGCCUUGCUGCAUGCAUUGAAUCGGCAUGAACAUUUACCGGGGCCUAUGGCGGACAUGCUCUUCAAAAUGACGGAGGAGAAGAGCGCACUUGUUCAGUUCGUAUCUGAGUUUGUUCGUGAGAUCUCGAGGCUUCCUUCAGAUGAUCUUGCGAGGGAUGUCACUGCCGCCAGGGGAUGCUCCGCGUUCAUCAGUGAGCUUUCGGAGCGCAUGCCUCAAGUCUUCCGCUCCAACUUGGCGUUGGUUCUGUCUCAGCUCGACUGCGACAGCUACACAAUGCGAAACGGCGUCGUCCAUGUGAUCGGGACACUAAUUCGUGCCGCUCCAAAUCCCGAUGAUCCAUUGCUUGAUGUUCUUAUGGAGCGCUCUCAUCGCGAUAUCCAUGCGUAUACUAGAAGUAAGGCUCUUCAAGUUUGGAUUCUCCUGGCAGAGGCCCGGGUAAUUCCAAAUCGCCUUUUUCCAGUGCUUGCUGAUAUGGCUGCAUCUCGUCUUGAUGAUCGAACUGCAGCAGUAAGGAAGUAUGCGACGCAGUUACUUGGUGCUCUUCUCCGUAAUAAUCCUUUCGGACCCGGUCUGCAAAAGUCUCAUUUCGAGGCCAAGCUCGAAGAGAUCCGCUCACUUGCUCCGAUAGCAGAGCAAGACACCAAAGUGACGAGCAAAGUACCAGAAAACUCUCCAGAAGACGUUUCAAGCGAAGUCUCUGGCAUUGACAAAGAGAACAGCCCGGCGAAUGACAGUGCUAGUGAGUGCACAAAUGUCGACAACCUGCUUGAAGAUGAUGAAAGAACGGCUGAAGAGGACAAUGGCGAGAAGAAUGGAGCAGAGGAUUCGGAAAUGGCUCUGAAGAUUAAGUACUACUCUUGGGCCUUAGCAUUCAUUCAAGCAGUUGAGACAGGACUUGAAACUACUUUCAAUAUGCUACGAUCCAAGAGUAUCACAGAUGUCUCUGAGGCUGUAUCUUUUUCGGUAACUGCUGUUCAGUUUCAGUUGGAGGCUGCUUCAGGCCGAGCGGUAAGAAAGAUGCUUCCUCUUGUGUUGGCCCGUGAGAACAAUAUACGCAAGGCAGCUGUGAAUGCAUAUAUUCGUCUACUUGCACCUGAUGGGUUCGAAACAAUCGAUGACAAAGAAUCCGCAAUGGGUGUGGCCGGCGGGCUUGCUGCACUUGGAAUCGGUGCCACGACGGGUGAGCUAGCAUGCAUGGAAGCUCUCAUGACGGCUUUCUUUGCUUCUCCAGAUACAUCUAAGCUGAUGUCACCCUCAGUGAUUGCCGUUUUGUGGGAUAUCUUCGCGGGAAAAGUUCCUGGGGCUUCAUUAGAACAACGACGAUCUGCCUGUAUUUUGGUAGGGAUGGUGGCCGCUGACCUGCCGGAUUCUCUUCAGAAUAGGGUUCAAAUACUGCAGUCCAUUGGUUUGACUGAUCCUUCCUUCGCCCGAUGGUCCUGUGUCGCUCUUUGUAAGCUACCCCCUGGAAGCGAUCGAGAUGGCCGACUUUCACAGCAACUUGCCGAGAUUGUUAAGACAUCGAAGGACUUGUCGACAGUGGAGCAAGGGGUGAAUGCAAUAUAUGUACUUUCUUCCGAACCAGAAUCAGUUGUUGGCUCAGUAAUACGUGAACUUGCUCAGACGUUGCACAGGGAGCCUGCAACUGUUCCUGUGAAAGAGCUUUCACGAUUCCUGCAAGUGGUUGGGCAUGUUGCUGUCAAGGAGUUGGUCCGAAUUGAGUCCCUAGUCAGUGAAGUACGCAGGUGCAUUGCAAGCCAGGCUCGUGGUGAUGGUAAUCAUGAAGAGGAGGACCAGGCAAAUGCAGAGGCAGAUAAAGCAUUACAGCUCGCAGAGAAAGAGCUGGUUAGUCCUGCAUCACUUCUCGGUCGAUAUGGAAAACUAGCGAGAAAGAUUGCGUCGGACAGAUCUGCGCCUCCUGAACUUCAAGCGUCCUCAGUGCUUUGCAUGGCUAAACUCAUGUGUGUGCAAGAAUCCUUCUGUGAAAAUAAUCUGCGGCUUCUGUUCUCCAUCCUGAAUUCUGCCGAAGAGCCCCUUGUGAGAUCUAACGCGGUCACAGCGCUCGGGGAUCUUGCGUUCCGGUUUCCAAAUAUGGUUGAACCUUGGAAUUCUCACAUCUAUGCUGCGCUGCAGGACAAGAACGAGACGGUAAGAAAGAAUACCCUGAUGGCCUUGACACAUCUUAUCCUCAACGAUAUGGUUAAGGUGAAAGGGCAAAUUGUGGGGCUGGCAAUCUGCAUUCUCGACGAAAACGGAAGAAUCGCAGACCUUGCCCGGCUAUUUUUCCAUGAACUGGCCCGGAAAUCUGCAAAUGCGAUUUACAACAUUCUUCCUGACACAAUCAGUUGCAUGAGUCAUAUGGAGGACUUAAAAUCCGACGAUUUCAAGACUGUAGUUGCUUUCUUGGUUGGGUUAAUGGAUAAGGAAAAGCAUGCGGAUGGAAUGGUGGAGAAGCUGUGCCACAGAUUCAGGACAAACGAAAGUGUUCGUGAAAACCGUGACUUGGCGUACUGUAUUUCGCAACUCAACAUUUCAGAAAGGGGAGUGAAAAAGAUGAACGAUAACUUCAAGAGCUACAGCACUGCUAUUUGUGAUGUAACAGUGUAUGAGUAUAUCCUGCAGGCAGUGAAUAAGGGGAACAAGGCUGGGCCGAAUGGACAACCUUCGCAGGCAUUUGAAGAAUUAACGGCAAAGAUCAAUGUUUUGAGGCCUGCUGUUGCGCAGGUGGAGGAAAAUGAGGACAAGGAUGCCGACGUAGAGAGCGAAAAUUAUUCCGAAACUACAACUCGUUCACGACGAUCGAGCCGGCGCCCUUCCAGCAAUAGAGCGCCCAAGGCACUGGAGCAGGAAGUCAAUGGUGACGAGGAUGGCGCCUCGGAAACGACGAUGGGAGCUGAGGACGAGUCAGUAUCUCGAGAAUCAAGUGAUGGGCAACGUCGCAGGAGCGUGAAGGCUGGCAAGGCUGGUAAGGUUGAUAUCGAAAGCGAUGAGGAGUCGGCAAGCGAAGGAGGGGAGCAGGAAGACGAGGCAAGCCCUAAACCCUUUCGCAGUGAGGCGCCGAGCAGCCAGCGAAGGGCUAAGAGGCGAGUUAUCGUGGAAGACGAGGAGGAGGACGAGGAGGACGAAGAAGAAGAGGACGAUGACGAAAUGAGCCUUGGCAGUGACGGAUCAGAGAGCGAUGGAGAAGAAUCUGUUACGGGCGAAACGACACCCAGACGAAGCUCUCGGCGUAGCGCGCGGCUUUCGGGGAUCUCGGGUGACGACGCUCUAAGUAAUAACGAGGGCGCAGACUUGGAAGAAGAGGAGUCGGACAGGGAGGCGGAGUCUAGCGAUGGCAGCUCGAACGAUUACGAGGACUGCUUGUAG